AGAGAGAGCCCCAAGAUGCCGGAGUUAAUCGAACAGAUGUACUGCUCCCAGCAGAUCGUCAUUCCUCCGAAGUUUCCCUACAUACUGAAAAGAUACUGUAAAGCUGCCAUUAAAACUCAGCCCUACGACCUCCUGCGAUGGUCCUUCGAAUAUUUUUCUGCGCUCUCACAGAACCGAAUGCCACCCGUCAAAUUGAGGCUUGAGUACCCCAUCUACAGCACCGAGGGGGGCCUGACCAGAGGUUGCCUGAAGGUUUUAGCAAAUCAGUUGGCCGGAAUGCCUGACUUACCUCUACCGGUAGUUCGCAAAGCCUGGAGAGGAUUCUGCCUGGAUCCAAACGAACUGAAAAGAAUCUUCUGUCUUUGUGAAGUAUAUAUGAGAGAAGAGACAGUACCCUUCUUACGUUUCAUCGCAGUGGCUGGUGGAUUGUUGACAAAGACCUUAACUCAUACGAUGAUACUACUCUGCGAGACCCUGACGAAGGAGCCUGACGGAGGCUCAGCUGCGAUACCUAUCACAGACUUCCUUACCAUGUACGAGUAUCUGGCCCGCGUCGACGCUUCCAAAGAUAUCAAGUACUUCAAUGGAUUUAGAGAAGGUGAAACUCCAGUGCAAGAAUCGAUCCCCGAAGAAGAGGAAGUGCAGCAAGAGGUAGAGUGCGAAGAAGAAAAAUUGUCAGAUGAUUACUGGCAAGACACCAGACACCUUCAGAAAUUGACGCUUACCGGCGACUACGUUUCCCAUGCGCCAAGAUUAAGCGAAAAACUCAAUUUGCCAGUGAUUGGCAAACUGGAACGGUCGCCAUCAGUUGAAAGAGCGACCCGGAUUGAGCGGGAGAGCUAUUUGAGAGAAAGAAAAGAUUUACCAAAAAAAGAAGAGAAACUCGAGAUAAAGAAAGGAGUGCAAAUACUAGUAAUGGACGAAGAUGAAAAUGAAAUACCUUACGAGUUUUACGGCGAGCCAAUAGAUCAAACACAGAUAGAAAACGUAGAAAACGAAGAAAUGGGUGAAGAAGAGAGAAGAAAUGAAGAAACUGGACUCCAAAUUGAAAUGGAAAGACAAAAUAUUCAAAAAUUUGUUGACGAAUGCUAUAAGAGUCGUGAAGAACGUCGUGAUGAUUUGGAGCAAACUUUCAACGAGAUUGCAGAAAUCGUGGACAGAUAUAAAUCUGCACAUUAUGACCUUGGAAUGGUGGCCGGACGACAAAUGUCUACUACCAGUGGUGAAUUCAUAGUGGCGAACAUCGAGAAAGAGGUCAUGGACCAUGUUAAUGAACAAAUAGCUGUACUGCCUGACCCUGAUUUAAAAAAAAAGAAGGCAAAACCUGAAGAAGUUGAAAUGAUCAAAGAUCUCCUAGAGAAGUUCCUUGAUGACAACAUGGACGUGAUUGCACCUGAACUGGAGGAAGUUGAGGAGGAAGAGCAAGCUAUACCAGACGUUACAAUUGUCUAUGCUGUCCCCGGCAUAGGCCCUCCAGUAGAUAAGGAGCUAAUAAGAGACUUCGAGGAGUAUGCAUUAGAGGUGUCCAAAGUACAAGCUGAUGUUUUAAUGCCGAGAAACAUACGACAUUUUCUUUGCCCGCCAUUGGAGAUGUACGAGAGUAAUUUUAAGAAGGAGGAAGUGGCGACCAGUGGUGUUAUUACAGACUAACUAUAAUGCCGGAAACAAUUCAUAAUACCACGUCCAAUACAACAGCGACAGCGAAAUAAAACCGUGGUAUUAUAAUAUACUUACUAGUUGCUCCCCG